AUGUUUCUAGAAGGUGAGAGGAUUCUCCAGACAUCUCUGGGGCCAAUAGAGUGGAGCACAUCUUUUGUUUCCAAAAACUGGCAAUUUAACAAGUGCAAAGGUAUUGUUUUUGACACAGAUCAAGCAAAAAUGAGCGUGGUCGGGUUUGAUUUCGGUAAUGAGAGCUGUAUUGUUGCUGUUGCAAGGCAGAGGGGGAUCGAUGUGGUACUCAAUGAUGAGUCCAAGCGUGAAACACCUGCAAUUGUAUGUUUUGGUGACAAACAACGGUUCCUUGGGACAGCUGGGGCUGCAUCUACUAUGAUGAAUCCAAAGAAUUCAAUCUCACAAAUAAAGAGGUUAAUUGGUAGACAAUUUGCUGAUCCAGAACUGCAGCGAGAUCUGAAGACAUUCCCUUUUGCUGUCACUGAAGGGCCUGAUGGAUAUCCAUUGAUUCAUGCGCGGUACUUGGGUGAAGUUAAAACAUUUACCCCUACACAAGUGUUCGGAAUGAUGUUAUCAAACCUUAAAGAAAUAGCUGAGAAGAAUCUGAAUGCUGCUGUUGUUGAUUGCUGCAUUGGAAUUCCACUUUACUUUACUGAUCUGCAGCGGAGGGCAGUUUUGGAUGCUGCCACUAUUGCGGGUUUGCACCCACUUCGCCUGUUUCAUGAAACAACAGCAACUGCAUUGGCUUAUGGAAUCUAUAAGACCGACCUUCCUGAAAAUGAUCAGCUGAAUGUUGCCUUUGUUGAUGUUGGGCAUGCUAGCAUGCAAGUGUGCAUUGCUGGAUUUAAAAAGGGGCAGCUGAAAGUGUUGUCCCAGUCAUAUGAUAGGUCCCUAGGUGGGAGGGACUUCGACGAGGUUCUGUUCAAUCAUUUUGCUGCAAAGUUUAAGGAGGAGUACAAAAUUGAUGUAUAUCAAAACGCCAGGGCUUGUCUAAGGUUGAGGGCUGCAUGUGAGAAGCUGAAGAAGGUGCUUAGUGCUAAUCCAGAGGCACCUUUGAACAUUGAGUGCUUAAUGGAAGAGAAAGAUGUCAGAAGCUUUAUCAAGCGGGAUGAGUUUGAGCAACUAAGUCUUCCAAUUUUGGAACGAGUGAAAGGACCUCUGGAGAAGGCACUUGCAGAGGCAGGUCUUACAGUUGAAAAUGUUCACAUGGUUGAGGUGGUUGGUUCUGGAUCUCGUGUACCAGCUGUAAACAAAAUAUUGGCAGAGUUCUUCAAAAAGGAGCCUAGGCGGACAAUGAAUGCAAGUGAGUGUGUUGCCAGGGGUUGUGCAUUGCAGUGUGCAAUUCUCAGUCCGACUUUUAAAGUUCGGGAGUUUCAGGUCAACGAAAGCUUUCCUUUCUCAAUUUCACUCUCGUGGAAAGGUGCAAGUUCUGAUGCACAGGAUAGUGGACCAGAUAAUGUACAAAGUACCCUUGUUUUCCCCAAGGGAAAUCCCAUACCAAGUGUGAAGGCAUUGACAAUCUACAGGCGAGGAACCUUUUCUAUUGAUGUUCAAUAUGAUGAUGUGAGUGGUUUGCAAACACCUGCAAAGAUCAGCACAUACACUAUUGGCCCUUUUCAAUCAACAAAAAGUGAAAAAGCAAAAAUUAAAGUGAAAGUUAGGUUGAAUCUGCAUGGAGUUGUAUCUAUCGAAUCUGCAACUCUCUUGGAAGAGGAGGAAAUUGAGGUUCCUGUUUCCAAAGAAUCAGCAGAAGAUACCAAGAUGGAAACUGAUGAAGCUCCUGCUGAUACUCCUGCACCUCCUAGCACCAAUGACAAUGAUGUCAACAUGCAAGAUGCUAAUGCCAAUGCAGGUUCUGAUGUCCCUGGGGCUGAAAAUGGUAUUCCUGAGGCAGGAGAUAAGCCUGUGCAAAUGGAUACUGAUACCAAGGCCGAGGCUCCAAAGAAAAAAGUUAAGAAAAUAAAUAUUCCUGUCGUGGAGUUAGUUUACGGAGCAAUGUCACCUGCCGAUGUUCAGAAAGCUGUCGAGAAGGAGUUUGAAAUGGCGUUGCAAGAUCGAGUGAUGGAGGAAACAAAAGACAAGAAAAAUGCUGUAGAGGCUUAUGUUUAUGACAUGAGAAACAAGCUUAAUGACAAAUACCAUGAGUUUGUCAUUGAUUCAGAGAGGGAAGCAUUUACUGCUAAGCUUCAGGAGGUGGAAGACUGGCUAUAUGAGGAUGGUGAAGAUGAAACUAAAGGUGUAUACAUUGCCAAACUAGAAGAGCUCAAGAAGCAAGGUGAUCCAAUUGAAGAGCGUUACAAAGAAUCCAUGGAGAGGGGUUCAGUAAUUGAUACUCUCGUCUAUUGUAUAAAUAGUUACAGAGAUGCUGCAAUGUCAAAUGAACCCAAAUUUGAUCACAUCGACAUCGAUGAGAAACAGAAGGUCCUAAAUGAAUGUGUGGAAGCUGAGAACUGGCUCAGGGAGAAAAAACAUCAGCAGGACUCGCUUCCAAAAUAUGCUUCCCCUGUACUUUUGUCAGCUGAUAUAAGAAAGAAAGCUGAAGCUGUUGACAGGUUCUGUAAGCCAAUUAUGACAAAACCAAAGCCACCACCACCAAAGCCAACCACUCCAGAAGCACCAGCAACCCCACCUCCUCAGGCCAGUGAGCAGCAACAGCAACAGCAACAAACACCACCUAAGGAGAAUCCUAAUGCCAGUAGUAAUGAAAAUGCAGGGGACAAUGGUAGUACAGCCCCGCCACCGGCAUCUGGUGAACCAAUGGAGACUGAGAAAUCAGAGAACACAGGCUCUGCUUAA